AAGUUUGGGGCGGAGAAUCGUAGUUAACUAGAAGAACCAAGACAUUUGCAACUAUAGCCUACAUAUUAUUUUUUGGGCUUCCACGAACGUAGGUGGAAAAUGUCGGGAGUUGCAUCUGCCCUGGCCAAGAAGAGAGCGCUAGCUGCAGGGUUUGGAACAAACGCCAAUGCGCAUAAGUAUCUCAACCAAGACUUUGAGGCGCUCAGGAGUCAAUGUCUCAGUAACGGGACUCUCUUCACGGACCCGACUUUCUCAGCCGCACCCGAAUCCUUGGGCUUUAAAGAACUCGGACCUGGCUCUUACAAAACCAGAGGAAUAGUAUGGAAAAGACCAGGGGAGCUAUGCUCAAAACCUCAAUUCAUCGUUGGUGGAGCUACAAGGACAGAUAUUUGCCAAGGAGCGCUAGGGGACUGCUGGCUGCUAGCGGCCAUAGCAUCUCUGACCCUGAAUGAAGAUGUUUUGGCCAGAGUGGUGCCCAGCGGGCAAGACUUUGAUAGCUGCUAUGCUGGAAUCUUCCAUUUCCAGUUCUGGCAGUUUGGCGAGUGGGUGGAUGUUGUCAUUGACGAUCGACUGCCGGUGAAAGAUGGCGAGCUGGUGUUUGUUCACUCGGCGGAGGGAAGUGAAUUCUGGAGUGCCCUGUUGGAGAAGGCCUAUGCUAAGGUGAAUGGCUGUUAUGAGGCUCUGUCUGGAGGUUCCACCACUGAGGGCUUUGAGGAUUUCACCGGGGGCAUCGCUGAGAACUACGAAUUGAGUAAAGCACCCUCGAACAUGUUUCAGAUCAUCAAGAAAGCCCUGGAGGCUGGAGCUUUACUGGGAUGCUCCAUCGAUAUCACCAGCGCUGCUGAUUCAGAAGCUGUGACCCGUCAGAAGCUUGUGAAAGGCCAUGCCUACUCCCUUACAGGGGCUACUGAGGUGAACUAUCGUGGACGUUUGGAGAAGUUGGUUCGUAUGAGGAACCCGUGGGGUCAGGUGGAGUGGACCGGGGCCUGGAGUGACAAUUCAUCUGAAUGGAACAGUGUGGAUCCAUCAGAGCGGCCAAACAACAGCGCUGAGGAUGGCGAAUUCUGGAUGGCCUUCUCAGAGUUCCUAAGGAAUUAUUCUCGUCUUGAGAUCUGCACGCUGACCCCAGACACCCUAACCAGUGAUACUGUAAAACAUUGGGCUGUUAAUAACUACGAUGGCACCUGGAGGAAAGGCUCCACUGCUGGCGGCUGCAGAAAUAAUGCUUACACAUUCUGGAUGAAUCCUCAGUUUGUUAUAAAGCUGAACGAGGAGGACGACGAUCCGAGCGAUAAUGAGGUGGGCUGCAGUUUUGUGAUUGGUCUGAUCCAGAAAAACCGGCGGCGCCUCAGAAAAGCUGGAGAGGACAUGCACACUAUUGGUUUUGCGAUCUACGAGCUACCUGAACAGUUUCAUGGUCAACGGGACGUGCACCUGGAUAAGAAUUUCUUCCUGUCACACGCUCAGAAAGCUCGCUCUGAGACCUUUAUUAACCUGAGAGAGGUAUCAACACGCUUCAAAUUGCCGCCUGGAGAGUACCUCGUCGUACCGUCCACCUUCGAGCCCCACAAGGACGGGGACUUCUGUCUGCGCGUGUUUUCCGAAAAACAGACUGAGACGAUACCCUGUGAUGACCCUGUGGAGGCUAACUUACCAGAAGAGAAAGUGUCGGAUGCUGAGGUGGAUUCUGGCUUCAGGGGUCUGUUUACAAAACUAGCUGGAGCUGACAUGGAAAUCUCAGCCUCGGAGCUUCAGACAAUCAUGAACAAAAUUAUUGCAAAACGAACUGACAUAAAAACAGACGGGUUUAGUAUGGAGACGUGUCGAGUUAUGGUGAACCUCAUGGACGACAGUGGCAAUGGGAAAUUGGGACUGGGAGAGUUUGCUACGCUUUGGAAGAAAGUGCAGAGAUACCUCGGAAUCUACAAGAAAAAUGACAUGGAUGGUUCAGGAACCAUGAGCACUCCGGAGAUGCGCAUGGCACUGAAGGAGGCCGGUUUCCUUCUUAAUAACGCCAUUUUUCAGCUGCUGGUGGCACGCUUCGCUGAAGCAGACAUGACCGUAGACUUUGAUAACUUUGUGGCCUGUCUCAUGCGUCUGGAGAUGAUGUUUAGGAUUUUCAAGACACUUGAUCCCCACCAGACUGGCGCCAUUGAGCUGAACUUCCAGCAGUGGCUGAACUUUACCAUGGUUUAAGUCCUGCAACCGGACCACUCCUCACAUUAUCAAAUUAUCAAGAUUACGUGAUUUAUUAAAGAUAGGUAUUAAGUAUACUUUUAUAUUUUAAACUGUAUAUGGCACUUUAGACAGUUUGUACAUCUACAGUGUUGCAUGAUUUUAAUGAGCUUGUGCCACUCUGUUUACAAAUGCCAAUAUGUUGAAACGCUUUUAACCACUAUGUCAUAAAAGAAGGUGUGUAUGUACUGUUAUUAUUUUUCAAAGGACAUUAUUAAACACUUGUGAAACGGG